AUGACCAACCAUAAUUGUACAGACUGUGGUCCAAGCCUACCGAAGCUGGAGACGAGCUCCAGUAUGUCCAGCAACAACGAAUAUAAACUACCAGAGAUCAGUGCCGGAGAAUUUUGGAACAACGACUGUGACACUGACAGCAACGAUUCAGUGAUCUCUUUACGAGACAACUUUUCCAGAUUGGGAACCGGCAACACAGAACCUAACGACGAUUUUGAAGACGACAAAGAUUUCUUUGACUUUGAAUAUCGAAAAAAUUCCUAUAAUGGGUCACUCACCAUAUAUGACCUUAAGGAACUUAUACGGAACUUUGAGCCUCGAAUUACACCCAAACGAUACAUUGGGUUUGAUGGCUUUCUUCGGUUCCGUCAUCAUUUGGGUAAAGACUACUCGUGCUGGCCAGAAUGGGCCUUUUAUUUUGCCGGUUUUCUCGGCGAAACAUUACCGUCUUUUGCUAGUAAAAUUCGUGAAAAGUGCCCCACUAUACUUCUCAUGGAUUACUUGACUCCCAAGUACUUGAAGACUGUACAGCAUGUUUCUGCUGAAGACGCCAAGUUUCAUCUUUUCCUGCCAUUUUUCGAAACCAUAGAUAGGAAGUUUGAUACUUAUGCGUUCGGUUUCCUCAAGCUACUAACCCAGUUGCUAUCGCAGCAUGUCAAGUUGAUGGAGAGUAAUCCCACCUUCAUGAAAGAUUUUGUUGGAGGCUUGGAAAAGUGUACUUACGAGGAGGUAUUGGACGAUUUGCAACGAGACAUUGCCUAUAUGAAAGUAUCAGAAGGAGACGACCAAGAGACCAAAGUAUCGGAAACGAGAAAGGAUCCCUUUGAAGGGAUUUUCCUGUCGCUUGAUUCAGAUUUUAUGGCUGAAUUUGAGGAGAAAGCUUCUCCAGAACCUGAAAAGGACAAAUCCACCAAAACGACAACCAAAGAUUCUUCAUUCCAACUGGAGAACUCAACAAUCCUAGAAAACACAACGGUCCCGGAGAUUCAGGAUCCUGAUCCUCAAGAUUCUUUUGAAGCAAUCAUGAAUACUUUAACUGAUCUCUUUCCCACUCUUCAACAUGAUGAACUCAGAGCCAGGCUACAAUCAUCGCAGGAUAUUGAGUAUCUUAUCGACACAUUGUUUGCCGAACAAGAACGAAACCUGAUAGAAGAAUAUUCGUUGGACGCAUAUAGACUCCAUGAAAUGUUCCCAUCACAUUCUCUACAAGAUCUUGAACGAGAACUAAAUGCCAAUGACGGCAACAUUGAAAACGCGACAAUAGCUAUACUUCUGAACAGAUGGGAACACAAGGCGCCAAGCAGACCGGUGCCAAAGAAAGAACCGAAAAAACCAACGAAUUCAUCAUGGUCUACGUUCAGUGAUUUUUCCGCUCAAUUGAGUAAAAUAACCGGUCUUCCUGUAACACACACUUCAUCGUACCUCCAUCGAAGCCAAGGAACGUUUAUCAAUGCGUUGAUCGCGAUUAUCACGACGCAUAAGGCACCAGAACCACAACCAACAAAUGAUAAACCACCUCGCGGAGGAAGAGUACAACGAGGUGGAGCAAAGGGAGGGUCUAGACGAGGAAAUGGAAGCUCUGAAAAGGUAUUCACAUAUAAAUUCAAUCCCAACAGUUCCGAAGCACAAGAAUUACGAGCACUUUACUUGUCCAAUCCGCAGAUGAAAACGAUCAAUGAGGUGUUUGUGAAUACAGCAUUGACAUUUUUUAGGGGCAAUGUCGAUCGAACAAUUGAGGUGAUUAUGCUCGUUCUCGACCACGGCGCGGCCCCGCUCACCUACCCCAACUCGAUGGAACCUGCCACAAAUGCACAAAAAACUGUUGUGUCCACAAACCCAGUUAUAGACUUGUCGAGUCAAUCUUCAGAAAAGUACCGUGCAAUGUACAACGUUCUCAGACAAAGAAUCACCAACCAAACGUCAACUGGUACCAAGGACCACUACCGUGAAGUCCUCAAGGAAUCUCGGCGCCAAUUUUGGCAAUCGAUUGCGUCGGAAGAGGAAGAUCGAAAGCAGCGAGCUAUCGAUGCCGCUUUCAAUUCGCUGAGUCUAGAUCUCCACGGACUUCUGGUUCCUUCCGCUCUUGAAGCUGCGCGCGAAGUACUCGGUGCCUGGUGGGCAUACGAGACCGAACAGAGGCACACUCAUGGACAAUUGUCCAAAUUCGGAGUGUCUACGGUGUUUGCUGGGCCAUUACGAGUUAUCACCGGACGAGGAAUCCAUUCAAAAAAUGGAGUUUCUCAGGUGAAAAUCCAAGUCCGGAAGCUCUUGGAUCUGGAGAGGUACGCCUACGAUGACGACGGGGGUAGUUAUGCGGUUUAUGGUAAACGAAAGUAA